GACUAUAAACCUGCCCAACCUCUGGCCAAGCUCUGUUGAAGGAAAUCUACUCCCAUCUGGCAACCGGUUCCAACAGGCAGAGGCGGAGCAGCUCACCGACUGUCGACAGUAGUUUCUGGAACCUCAUGGUCGAACCAUGGAGAAAGUGGCAAAGCUGAAAGACGAGGGCAACAAGGCGCUGAGCGCCGGCAACAUCACGGAGGCGGUGCGCUGCUACACAGAGGCUGUGGCCCUGGACCCCAACAACCAUGUGCUCUUCAGCAACCGCUCGGCCGCCUACGCCAAGAAGGGCGACUACGACAACGCCCUCAAGGACGCCUGCCAGACCAUCAAGAUCAAGCCAGACUGGGGCAAGGGUUACUCAAGGAAAGCAGCAGCACUGGAGUUCCUGGGAAGGUUUGAGGAUGCCAAGACCACCUACGAGGAGGGCAUCCGACAGGAGCCUAGCAACCAGCAGCUCAAGGAGGGGCUCCAGAACAUCGAGGCCCGCCUGGCAGAGAAGAAGAUGAUGAACCCAUUUGCGAUCCCCAACCUGCAUGAGAAGCUGGAGGGAGACCCCCGAACCCGCGCCCUGCUGUCCGACCCCAGCUACCGAGACCUGCUGGAGCAGCUCAGGAACAAGCCCUCCGAGCUCGGCACGCGGUUGCAGGACCCGCGGGUGAUGACGACUCUGUCGGUGCUGCUGGGUCUGGACCUGGCAGGCAUGGAGGAGGAGGAGGAGCCCACACCACCCCCACCCCCUAAACCCAAAGAGACUCAGCCACCCCCGCCCAAAGAGGAAGACCUGCCCGAGAACAAGCGACAGGCACUGAAGGCUAAAGAGCUGGGCAACGAGGCCUAUAAGAAGAAGGAAUUUGAUACUGCACUGAAGCACUACGAGGAGGCCAUUAAUCACGACCCUACUAACAUGACUUACUUGUCCAAUCAAGCAGCGGUGUACUUUGAGAAGGGUCAGUUUGAAAAGUGCCGAGAGCUUUGCGAGAAGGCCAUCGACGUCGGCAGAGAGAACCGUGAGGACUACAGACAGAUUGCCAAAGCCUACGCCAGGAUCGGCAACUCCUAUUUCAAGCAGGAGCAGUACAAAGACGCCAUCAAUUUUUUCAACAAGAGCCUGGCAGAGCACCGCACGCCUGACGUGCUCAAGAAGUGUCAGCAGGCAGAGAAGAUAUUGAAGGACCAGGAGAAGAUAGCCUAUAUUAAUCCGGAGCUUGCUCUGGAGGAGAAGACCAAGGGAAAUGAGGCCUUCCAGAAGGGCGAUUACCCCGCCGCUAUGAAACAUUACUCCGAGGCCAUCAAGAGAAACCCCAACGACGCCAAGCUCUUCAGCAACAGGGCCGCCUGCUACACCAAACUGGCCGAGUUCCAGUUUGCCCUCAAGGACUGUGAAGAAUGCAUCAGACUUGAGCCAGAAUUCAUAAAGGGAUACACACGCAAGGCAGCUGCUCUGGAGGCCAUGAAGGACUUCACCAAAGCCAUGGAUGUCUACCAGAAGGCCCUGGACCUUGACUCCAACUCUAAGGAGGCGACGGAGGGUGUCCAGCGCUGCAUGAUGAGCCAGGCCACGAGGAACGACAGCCCGGAGGACGUGAAGCGGCGGGCCAUGGCCGACCCCGAGGUGCAGCAGAUCAUGUCGGACCCCGCCAUGCGCAUGAUCCUCGAGCAGAUGCAGAAAGACCCACAGGCCCUCAGCGAUCACCUGAAGAACCCGGUGAUCGCCCAGAAGAUCCAGAAGCUGAUCGACGUGGGACUCAUAGCCAUCCGGUGAUCACCGCCACUCGGGGAAGCAAAGAGAAGGGCAGCAGCCCCCACCGCUGGAGGAGGACGCGGAUUGUAAAGCAGAGACAGAAGAAACACGCCAUGAUUCCCCCCCUCUCUCUAUCUCUCUUUCUGGACAAGGACUGACUCCAUAUCCCUCCAUCAUUUUAUCUGUCCUCCGCUCUUCAAUCACUCACUCCUUCACUCACCUUCUCCCUCCCCUUACAAACGCAUAUUUGCUUCGGUUCACUUAACACAGGCACCCCCUUCUUUCUCUUUCUCUCCUUC